CUGCUACAGCUGCUCAAGGAUGAAUCAAGUGUAAGUAAGAGUUUCUAUAUAGGCUUCUAGUCAUGUUUUCUUGGAUUUUAAUUUGUGGAUUUGCAAAAUAAAGCUUCGUUCUCGAGUUAUGCCUAGUUUUGCUUACUUGGAAUGCCAUUGCAGCUUUUUCAGAAGAGCAUGUAGCCAAACUUGUUUACUGAGUGUUGCUACUCUACUUAGUUAGCUCUACACUAGAACGCUAGCUAUUGGAAGCUGCAAGAGUGAGAAGAGACCUGCAAGGCUCUACUGAUGGCAGCCAUUAACUUGAACUCUUGGCAUCGAUUGUUUUUAAUAACAAUCAUGGUCGAUUAUUACCCACUCUUUGACUUUCAUGCAACAAAUUGCAAAAAUUAAUAUUCAUCAUGACUAGACUGUAUAGUAGCUUUAUGUUAAUGUAGCUUUGGCAUCUUCACCGAGGCAUCAGCACCUCUGGUGCUUUCAUUUUUUACAGUUAUAUGGCAGGGCGACACGAAGAGAAAUGUUGAAUACUAUAGAUGUAGACGUCGGUUUGUAGAGAAAUCGAGAGUUUGUAGGUACUUAAUUACCGUAAGCUUUAGCUCUUCCGUAUUAUAUGAAGUUUUAUAAGCUGUAUAUCUCUCCUCUGGAAGGUAUUAUAUCUACAUCUAUACAAGGCCACUCCAACAAAGAACUUAGUUUCCUGUCCUGAGCGCGCAUGCUUUUCAGCCCACCUCAUUAUUUUUCCAUUAUUGACCUUUGUACACUUUUACUCCAAUUAAUAUGACAUCAUCAAACCACAAGGCCAUGUGGCUGCAAGAAAGAUGUUCGGCAAAAAGUUUAUUGUACAUUUCAAUGGAAUGUAAUAAUAAUUAUAAAUAAUGGUAAUGAAGAGCUCGCCUUGUCAGAAUUCUGAGAAUUCAGGACGGGAAACUAAGUUCUUUGUUGGAGUGGCCCAAGCCUUGAAUAAGCUUAGAGCUGCAAGUACACACAAAUAUAUUGACGACUAAAUAGAGCGGUUUUUGAUGUCAUUUUGUCUCUUUUAUGUAUCUUUAUAGUCAUGUCAUUCUUAAACAAUAGCAAUAGCAUUGAUAAUCAAUCAUACAACUAUAUAUACUUCUUUCAUCCUGCAAAAAGAGAAAAAAAGCAAGCCAAAAAAACGGCUCAUUGCUUCGAGAUGACUGUGCUACUCAUUUUCUAGUGUAGUCGACUGCAUGGGUAUUGUCGAAAGUAUAAUUAUAAUAGAGGAGAGAGUAUCAAACGUAGGCAUACUCAUAGGUGCCAACUGUCCCGGAACUCCCGGGACAGUCCCAGAUUUGGAGGCUCUGUCCUGUGUCUGGAAAUUGCUGAAAUGUCCCAAAUUUUGAAGGUUGCUGCUCCUGAACUAGGAUAAUAUAGUCCAAAGAAGCUCAAAAUACUAAAGCUAUAUAUGGCUUAAAUCAUGAGCAGAAUUCAGUUUCUUGCACUAUGGCUACGAUCAAAACAAAAGAGGGGUGGGGCUCUCCAGGAUGAUCAUACUGCACUGAGCAUGCGCAGAAAGCAACUAAAUCUCCUAAGUGUCUCCUAAUUUUUUGUCCUGGAAAUUUUUCUUUGGAGGUUGGCACCUAUGCAUACUGUACAUCAGAUACAUGUAUGCGGAGAGUAACGUGGCUUCCUGUGUCUCAUGGGCUUGGAAUUUGCACACUGACCAUUCCAAGUGUAUAUAGGUGAUGUAAUUGUGUUGGCAUCAUUUUCUACUAGAAUGGAGUAUGGAGUUUGAUCCGUUUGCAGCCUUUAAUUGGCUUAUAGCUAUAGGAUAGCUACUUUUCUCCGUGUACGUUCACGUGCAUCUUUUUUUUUCUGCACAUUUUUGCUAGUGAUUUAUUCUGCAUGCACGAUGUGUAGAAUAUAGGCAUAAACUUAGCUACUUCGCAAGCCAUGCCCUUGGCUUGCUAACACAGCCUCGACUGGUCUUCAUUCGAGGGUAUACUUACGUUUCUUUUUGUUAUCUAUAUAUAUGAUUGUAUAAAUGCAUUCUACAAAAUUAUUCCCGAGACGAUUUUUAUAUCUUAGAUUGUAUGGAGUCAGCAGUCAGCAAGACAACAGUCUUGUAUGUAUUAGUUGGGCUGUUUCUUACAACCACAUCUAUUGAAGCCCAGCAGUUUAUAAUUGAGCCCGAGUCAGUGGUACAAGCCGAGGGAUUGUUGGCAGAGUUUGAGUGCCUGUCUCCUGGACUAGCUCAUUCUUGGUUUGUGAAUAACACACCAUCUACAAGCUUUACACCUGAAAUCAGAGUACUUCCAGAAAAGGAAGGUCGUCCCUCGGUGCUAACCAUCCCAGCCGGCUCACAAUUCAACAACACUGUCGUUCAGUGUGCAGCAGUUUCAUCGAUCACUAGCGUAACGUUGUUUUCAAGGAAUGCAGCGUUGAUAGUUGAGCGUGUAUCUAUUGAGGUGGUGAAUGAUAAAACCAAGAUUACCAUCACUGUGAAGAAUGACUUCACCACAAAUAACGUUACUUACCAUGUGAAUAUCUCUCUUAUGACUCUGGGUACCAAUAGCAAGAUGGUUGCACUCCCUCCUUUAAAUGGUGCACAAAAUGAAGUGGAAUUUAAUUACGAACAGACUAAUAACCACACUCUCUGUGAUAUAUUCACCUUCACUGUGACUCCAAUUAGUGAGUCAGGAAUGGAAGGAAGUUCCAGUGAACCAGUCACUGGGUUCUUCACAACAGUAACAGGUAAUAACAAUGUCGCUCCCCUCAUCAGUCAGGGAGGAAAUGUAUCGAGGAAAAUAGUGAAUCUCGGUGGUAUGGUACCCAACUGUACCAACUUCACCUCGUACCAAGUGACCUCUGACAUAUUGGCACCCAUCAAUAAAACCAUCGAAGACCUCCAAAUGAUAAAUUUUUCUCUUCCCACUGACCGGAUAAUCAACGUCUCUGUGACACUUACUUCGAUCACAGGUGUGCGCCUCAUAUUCAAAGACAUGCUAAUCAAAACAACUGAUGUUCAAAAUUUGAUUGUGGGCGUUUGCCCUAAAGAAAACUGUGCGAGCAUUGAGUAUGUUGAAGGUACCCUCUCUCCCGGAGCUCUUGUCUGUGUGAUACCUAAUGGAAACUUGAGUUUUCAAAAUAUAAGACUAGUGUCAAUUAGACGGGAUAUGAGUGACAAUUUUACCAUCCCAGUGGCUGUUAGUGGAAAUUACAGCGUGAUUGCAUUUGACCUUGAAAACAACAGUAUACCAAGAAUGCCUUCUAUAGUGGCUGAUGAUGAAACUAUGUUUUUGAGCAAUAAAUCUUCCACUGAACCAAUUUCUCCACUUAGUUCUGAGGACAUUACUGUCACUAAACUAUCAAAUGGAAGUGCUGAAGUGACCUGCACUAUCUCUGGCCACAGUUGUCUAGCGUUGUUUCAAUCUAAAACUUCUCCAACCUCUCCAACCUCUCUUGAUCAGGUGGUUGUUGGUUUUAUUAAACCAUCUAAUAACCGAACUAUUGUCCCUCUUAAUGCCACUUCUGAUGUUUAUGCGGUAGUGUACACUUGGAAUAGUGAUUCUGGUGAGACCAUCUUUGAUGGAAAGGUGUCCUUCAUUAGUGAAUUGGAACUACCAACUAGAGGUCCUCCUCCUACACAAUCAGCUCCAUUGUCCAUGGUACCAAUAGUCGUAGUUGUUACUCUGGUCAUUGUGGGGGCUAUAAUCCUCAUCAUUCUUGUCAUUCUUGUCAUUCUGAAGAGAGACAAACGAGGCAAGGUGUUGCACUAUAAUCAUGAAAGCGAUUCUCAGGGCAGAUCAACAAAUAUAGUUUCCCAAGAAUUGGACGUUGGUGCCCGAAUAACAAAAUCUCGAGAAGUUAUAGCACUCUGCAAUGUCGCCCGCCCUGGGAACAUGUCUCUGGAAUGCAAAACAGCUGACACUGACGAUACACCUCCACCAGGUUAUGAUGUCGUGUGUAUAGAGAACAUGCAAAGUCCUGAAUACGAAACUGUAGCAUCAGCUAAGGCAGGCAAACCUACACCCACCACUAGUGAGAACCCUCCACCCCUUUCCCCUCCCAUGAUACGAGGAGACAGUGAAGCACCUGAUUUACCACCUGCCUACGAUCCUGCCGUAGAUAACGAGAGUGCUGUUGUUAUGUCAGUAGAGAGCUCUAUCAGCCAGGGUGUGGAGAAUCAGUCCGUAGAUGGGGAAGUUGAUGAGUCUUCGAAGAAAGAUCUAUCAAUCAGCGACAUGGAACAUCAUCGUACGGAGGAGGCCAUUGGUAGCACUGAAGCUCAGGGUGUGUACACAAUGGACGAGUCAGUACAAGGAAGUGAGGAUGGAUCUAGUAACAGUGCUGACUAUGGUGAAAAAAAGGCAAUGAUCGCUGCGCAGGACGUGGGUGCCUCAAUCACAUUUCCAGUAGCAUUUUAUGAUAUCGCCCGCCCUGAGAACAUGUCUCUGGAAUGCAUCACAGCUGACACUGACGAUACACCUCCACCAGGUUAUGACGUUGUGCGUAAAGAAAACAUGCAAAGUCCUGAAUAUGAAACAAUAGCAUCGGCUAAGGCAGGCAAACCUACACCCAUCACCAGUGAGAACCCUCCACCCCUUCCCCCUCCCAUGAUAAAAAGAGAUGAGGGUUUGGACAACGAUGGGGUGCUUACAGAGGAGACCACGGACAGUACUGCACAAGCAAAAGAUGAGCCUACGGAGAAUGGAGGUGACAGCAGUGGAUAUGAGGCAAAGAUUGCUGCACAACACCAGUACGUGCUGGUAGAACACAAACCUUCUGACAAGGUGAUCAUGAAGGACUCAUCCAAAGUCAUCUACUCUGAGGUGGACAAGGACAAACUCAAACCAGUCGUCCCACCACCAGUUGCCAAAGCACAAGGGCAAUACAUUCCAGUAGAGACCAAGCCAGCCAGCAGUGCUGCUAAGGUGAUGGACUCCACCAAGGUCGUCUAUGUCCAGGUGGACAAGGACAAGCUGAAACCAGUCGACCUGAACGAACCACCAGCCCUUCCACCACGACGCCCUGACACUAACACUGAGGAGCUGCACACAGAGAAGACACUAGCUCUUCCACCACGACACCCUGUCACCAACACUGAGGAGCUGCACACAGAGAAGACACAAGCCCUUGCACCACGACAACGCCAUCCACCCCCACCACCCAUCCACGAGACGUCCUUAAUAACUGUGUGAGAACAUAAUAACUUCAAAUAACUUACUCGGCAGAUUAGGCACAUGCACCUCUUUAUAUUAAAUGUAAUUUACUAACACGUACAUUGCACUGCUGCUUGUGGCAUGUAGAUGAUAAUGCUGUUAUUGCUGCUUUAAA